AUGGACGGCUUGUUCGAUGGCUCGCCGCUUCUAUCGGCCGUCCUCGCGGCAGACUUCGUUGAUGUACUCUUGAAGAGAUGGUGGGAUCUUUUUACCAUCUUGGCUACAGCUUGGGUAUAUCUUGUACUUGCAAGGAGACUCGAUAUUCUGUUUACCCUGGGCUUUGUCGCUUGGAAGCAUGCUUCUGUAAUGACCUCGCUUGUAAGCCUCCUCAACUCACGGUAUAUCACGGAUGCCGCCCUUGGAAUAUGCGGAAUAUUUCUAGUUGGUUACUAUGCCUCAAGGUGGACUGUCAAUCGCAGGGUCAACUCCACUGCUAGUACUGCUCAUGGACUGUUGAUUCCUGGUCGAAUAACUCACCAUAGGUUGUAUCCCCAGAAGCAUUCUUUUUCUUAUCCAUACCUCCUGCUUGGCAUCCCGAUAGAGGUCUCGGAUAACGCCAAUGACAUUAUGCUUGCAAAUGUUCACAGUUCAUGGUCUUGGUUCAUACAAUUGUCCGGAUUGACAGCCUUGUUUAAGGUUUGUCUGGCUGAUCACCUACAACGCAUACGCUCCGACAAUGGCUUGCGUGGAAAAUUGGAUGCAUAUCUGGGGUCUGAGGGUAUUGAUGCCUCGCGGUAUCCGUAUGCCUAUCUCGUGACUGCCGCACAGUUGCCAGGCUUGCGCUUUAAUCCGGCAACCUUCUGGUUCCUUUACUCACCAGACAGGGUCUUUCAGGCAAUCAUCCUGGAGAUGAACAAUGUCUUCGGGGAAAGGCAUCCCUAUCUUGUCACGAGAGAAGUACAGGCAGAAGAUAAGCAUGUUCAUAACAUGACCGAGAACGACCAAGGACUUCUGUGCGCUCAAAGAAGAACGACAUGGCGAAAGAGAUUUCAUGUACCGCCUUUCAACUCGCGAACGGGAUCAUAUUCUAUGCUUGCCAAGGAUCCCCUUGGGCCUGGAAUGCGAGGAUUUCGAGGUCUCGAUGUUUCUAUCACCCUCUCGUCGUCAAAAGACCAGCCGAAGCUUUUGACAAACUUGUUCUCCGAAGGCGAGGCUAUUGACCCCUAUAAAAUAAGCAUUUUAGGGAGGGUUCGGUUUGUCUCAAGCUGGCUCGGUUCGCUUCUAGCCAUUCUCCCCCGAUUCAUGAUGGAAUCAACCAUUCUCUUCUUCAAACCUAGUCUUCAUUUCUGGUAUCGGCCUGAACCUUACAAGGAAAGUAUAGGACGUUCAGCUAAUUGGAUUGAGAAAAUUCUCGAACAAGUAUUUCAUGAAUACUUGAAGCAUCUUGUCCAACGAUCGACCGCCCCUGUCACUAUUCUAUACACGCCAGGGGGAGUUGCUGAAGCGUCUGAGCAGACAUUCAUCUCACCCUCCGCGUGCGGCCCUGGAGAAUCUAUAUGCGAGAUCAAGAUCAAAGUGUUGACGCCGAUUUUCUAUUCACGCUUCGUUUACUAUGCGCAUAAUUCUGAGGCCAUCUUCUGCGAGGUGGCUGAAAGCUGUACCCUUUGGACUGACAAGCCGGAGCAGCUGACAAAGGUUUUUUUGAAGAAGGGUUCUCCACCUAUUCAUGCUUCCAAUCUGCUUGAUUAUAUGCACUUCCAGCUCAUCAAAAACCUCAGACGCCGCCCUGAUAAGAUUGAGAGACCAUUGACGUCUACAAAUGGACAUUCGUCCUCAGUGAAGGGCGUCGAUAUCCGGGAGUUUCGAAUUUCAUCAAUGGACGCCUUUGUUCUUGAACAAGGAGAUGCAGAACUCAAAAACGCGUAUUUGAGGUCUGUGGUCCGCCUCUUUGUGGCUGAUCGCAUUGCUAUGAGUAGUGUCAGCCUACUUGGCAUGAUGGAGCUCAUAGGAAGAGUGGGUGUCUCAUGGGUGCUGGCAUUGCUCAUUACGCAGACCAUCAUGAGCUUCUCAUGA